CGAUCCUUCGCCGCGGUUUGGCUUUAUCCUCUCCUCCACUACUGCUCGUCCUCUUCGUCUUCUUCACUAGACCUCCUUCCUGAGCUGAGAACCAGAUCUUCAUGAAUUCUAGCACCAUUGGAGCAUCCGCUGUUUCCUGUAACCCGGGAAACAAGAAUAGCUUCUUCUUCUGGAUCUUGUUUUGCUUACUGCCAAAGUUUUACGGAACUCCUGUCGUGUUUAUCACUUUCCUCCUCAUCAACGCCAUUGAUAGGAGUAUUUCAGCAAUAGGUGAUCUUGUGAAGCCAUAGCCACGAGAUCAUUUAGGCCAUCUGCAGUUCCGAGUCAGUUUUUGGUGUAAACAUGGUGUCUCCUCGCUUACCUGCCCAAAGCAAAAUCCAAACGCCCAAGCCUUUGCAGAAACAACUAUUUGUAACAGUGAGCCCACCUGAUGUUUUGAACGAUCAUGUCGAGCUGGAUUUCUCUGAUGUUUUUGGUCCAUUGCCUGAACUUAAUCCUGGCGAUUUAGAGACUUCUCUGUCUGCUGACACUGGUGAGCUUGUUUACAAUGAGCCAGCUGUUGUCUACAAUCGAUCCCACUCGCUGAUCGGGCCUUCUUCAUUUGUUAGUCAUUCUCUGAAACUGAGCAAGCUCACCAUGGAAUGUCUUGAAGGUGAGACACUGGAAGAAGAUAACGAACACUCUGAAAAUGAUACUGACACCGAGAAGUCUCUGGAGGGUGACCUGGUGACAGCCUCAGAUUUUUUAGGCAUUGAAGACUUUGAUGUUCUGAGUGUUGUUGGGAAAGGUGCGUUUGGGAAAGUGUAUCAGGUCAGGAAAAAGGGGACGUCUGAGAUAUAUGCGAUGAAGGUCAUGAGAAAAGAUAAGAUUAUGGAGAAAAAUCACGCUGAGUACAUGAAAGCUGAGCGUGAUAUUCUGACGAAAAUUGCUCAUCCCUUCAUUGUGCAGCUUAAAUACUCAUUUCAGACUAAAUACAGACUGUACCUUGUGCUGGACUUCAUUAAUGGUGGGCAUCUUUUCUUCCAGCUCUAUCACCAGGGCCUUUUCAGAGAGGACUUGGCUCGAGUGUACGCUGCAGAAAUUGUUUCUGCGGUCUCCCACCUUCAUGAGAAAGGCAUAAUGCAUAGGGAUCUUAAACCCGAAAACAUACUCUUGGAUGCAGAUGGCCAUGUGAUGUUGACUGACUUUGGUCUGGCAAAAGAGUUUGAUGAGAACACAAGAUCCAACUCCAUGUGUGGGACUGUGGAGUAUAUGGCACCAGAAAUUGUUCAAGGAAAGGGCCAUGAUAAGGCUGCUGACUGGUGGAGCGUUGGGAUUCUGCUGUAUGAGAUGCUCACUGGAAAGCCGCCAUUUGUGGGGAGCAGAGAGAAGAUACAGCAGAAGAUUGUGAAAGAAAAGAUCAAGCUUCCGCAGUUUCUGUCAACGGAAGCUCAUUCAUUGCUCAAAGGGCUGCUACAAAAAGAGCCUGAAAAGCGACUGGGAAGAGGACCAGAGGGAGGAGAGGAGAUCAAAAGGCACAAGUGGUUCAAGCCAAUAAACUGGAGAAAGCUGGAAGGGAGAGAGAUAGAGCCAAGUUUCAGGCCAGAGGUAUUGGGAAAGCUCUGCAUAGACAACUUUGAGAAACAAUGGACGGAGAUGUCGGUGUUGGAUUCUCCAGCCUCCACCCCAGAUGCUAACAUCAAUCCAUUUGUCAACUUCACGUACGUGAGGCCGACGCAGUGGUGACCAGUCCUGGUGUUCGUGCUUUUGUUCUUGGGAACGAACCAUUGUGGUGACUUUCGUUUCUGUUUGUUUGUCGUCGGUUUUCGUUUCGUUUAGUUGGUCUUUGUUGUCCGAAUGAAUUUCACUUUUUAAAUUGACACGUAAUAUACGUUCCAAGAAAUUAUAUAUAAAAAAAAUAAUCCUAUGUAAUUGUCGUCUUCAUCUCAGUGA